GCCACACACGCACUCGCCAGUUCUCACAGCAACAGCAGACGACGUCACGGUCCGCUUCAGCUUUUAAGUUAGGCUUUUUUUGACUAACUCUUUCAACAGAACCCAAUGCUGCUUUAACGAGACCUGCAAGGUGGAUUAUUGGCGAUCAAAGUGGGUUCGGAUUUAUUCAGUACUGGUCUUGUCGUUUGGGGUGAAAAGUUUGUUGAUGCCCGCAACUCUCACCGCCGUCUGCUCGUGAAUCAUGUCACGCCGGAAACAGAAACGGCCCCAGCAGCUCGUUAACGCGGACCCCGGGGGCACACGCCUGAUGCCGGAAGAUGAUCAGCUUCCAGUGAAAUCUCCAUCCACCUCUCUUGCCUCAGAAGCUACCUCAUCAUCUUCCGCUUCCUCUCCUACAUCCCUUCAGGACUGUCAGCCUCCUUUGGCCCCAAGACCAUCACCUGGUGGCCUUCAUGCACCCUCGCUCCCCAACGAGAGCUCAUCUCCACCUCACUGGCCAAAUCACAUAGCCUCAUAUUCCACCUCACUGCCUAAUGCACACUCAUCUCUCUCUCCAGACUUCCCACAUCCUUCCCUGUCUUCACAAACCCACUCUCCUCCUCCUGGCCAGCAGAAAUCCACUCGUAUUUCAUCUCAUCAGCCUCACUCCACUGUGACGUCCCCACCAAUGGGUAUUUCCGCAACCACCACUACCUCCUCUUUAUCCUCUUCAUCAUCACUGGGAGCCCCACCACACCAAGGAAGCCCUAGUCCCAUCCACCAAACACCUUCGUCACCUUCAGAGCAACUCCAGGUGCCCCCGACCCUCGCUGUACUACUGGAGGAGCUUAGAGUCCUGCAGCAAAGACAGAUUCACCAAAUGCAGAUUACAGAAGAGAUCUGCAGGCAGGUGCUGCGCCUUGGUGGUAUAGUCAGUGCCCCAGAUGCACCUCAGGGAUCUGUGGAGGGUCAACAGAGAGAUGCAGGCUCUAGCUCCCCACCUAAUGCUGUUUCUGGUGCCUCUUUAAUUAACCAGCCUCCUGUAUCCAAGCCCAACCUGUCUCAAACUAAUGGGGCCAGAGCUCCAUAUUCCACAACCUCAUCCUCAACAUCAUCUUCCUCAUCCUUAGUAACCUCUACAGCCACUGUGCACCCUCUCUCUCUCACACUAGGACUUCCACCUCGAUACCUCAAUGAAAAGUCUGCCAACACCCCCAUCAGUCAUGGCAAUGGUUUGAAUUUCCAGACUCCUCCCUUGCCCACAGUUAGCAUUUCCCAGGACCAACUGUCUCACAGUUCCACUGUUAGUACGUCAAAUGGAUCUUCAAGCUCCUCUUCAGGCCGCCAGCAGCACAUAUGCCGGUUCUGCGGAAAAGUUCUAAGCAGUGAUUCUUCCCUUCAGAUCCAUUUAAGGUCUCACACUGGUGAACGCCCAUACCAAUGUCCAGUCUGCCUCAGUCGCUUCACUACACGUGGCAACCUCAAAGCCCACUUCCUCCGUCAUCGUGAGCAAAAUCCUGAGUUGUCACUUUCUCUUCUGCCACCUGCUUUGUCCGAGCAGAGCCAAUCAGGAUCUGGCUCUGGAGGAUCACAGAGGCGCAGAAAACGUCGAGCAGAGGACGAGGAGCCUUUUGGGGUUAAAGGCAGUGUAGGUGUGCCAGACAGUUUAGCACUGGGUUUCCUGUCCGGGCCAGCUCAUCCAUCUCCCUCCUCCCUUCCUUUACCCCCCAGUGUUGAUCUGGCUCUGCUCUCCACCGCCCACUCUUUGCUACAGCUUAACCGUGCCUCAGCUGCAGCCGCAGCAUCCGUUUCCCCUAGUGUUCAGUCAUCAUCUUCAUCCAUCACAUCCUCAGCCAUGACUGGUCAACUCAAAGGUGCAAAGCAGACGAGAUUUGAUGAGAAUACCCCACCACACCCCACCUUACAUCAUGGUUCUCCAUAUUCCCAGUUGGCACACCUUCCAAAGAUUCUCUUCCCAUCAGGUCCCUCUGCCCACCAUCCAAGCCUUGCGCUUCUCCGUCCCCCUCACCUCACUUCCCCUCACCUCCCACUUACAUUCCCUUUUUCCUCUUACCCCAAACCACAAAACUCCUCUCCUCCAUCCUCCUCUCCGUCCUCAUCCUCUGCCACCUCUGACACCUCCAAACUACAGAGACUAGCGCAGAAAUUAGAGAAGCAACCUCUCCCUAAAAGCACCAAUGAAGGCCAGACCAACACUCAGGCUAAUGACAUAUCUACAAGCUCUAAUGCUAUCUCAGCUUACAGGAGGGAGAUGAUGGCAGCAUUAGGGCUGAACCCAAAUCCCAGCAGCGAGCCAACUAGUCAAGAAAUCCAGGGGUCAAAUGCCUCCUCUUUGGUUCCUAAUCAGUGUGGGGUGUGUCUCCGUGUCCUCAGCUGCCCAAGGGCAUUACGUCUACACCAGGCCACUCACUUGGGUGAGCGUCCAUUUCCCUGCAAACUAUGUGGCCGCUCCUUCUCCACAAAGGGAAGUCUAAGAGCUCAUUUAGCCACUCACAGAGCACGUCCAGCCAAUGCACGUGGCCAAAACUCAUGCCCGCUUUGUCAACGGAAGUUUACAAAUGCAGUGGUACUGCAGCAUCACAUUCGCAUGCAUCUGGGAGGCCAGUUACCCCCAGAAGUUAAUGGGGACUUACAGUCAGAGGAAGCCCACAGUCAAAUUGAUGGGAUUUCUUUACCCAAGAGCCUUCAGUCUCUGCCUCUAAAUAUGAGCAUGUCUUCUGCUGUCAGCCUGCUGGAGUCUGGUGCCAUCCUAAGAGAUGCUACAUCUGGUGAUACAGACCAGCACAUGGAGUCAGAUCAAGAUCCCUAUGAAAACACAUCUGAGACUAGUCCAAACAUCACCCUGGAAAAGCAGGACCCCUCCAGAGAAAACAGCCCACUUGACAAUUCUGUAGCCUUAGAAGAUAACCAUUAUGUCACAGUCCAUAACAGCAAAUCUCAAGUUGUCAAUGGCUCUGCACACAAAGAUGAGGACACCCCUUUAUCCCUCUGUACUAGGACCAGCUCCCAGGACCCCUUGUUUGAUAAAAAAUGGCAAAACGGGGCUUCACACCACACAGUGAUCAGCGGACCAAAACCUAGUUUAACCUCUGAAGCUCUUGAUCUGUCACCAGCCCUCACUCCACCAACCAGUCCAGGGUUAGAGUCAAAAUCAGACCAAAGCAGUGAGCAAACAUCACUUCAUGUGAAUGGAAUAGACCAUGUUUCUGAGUUCAAAGAUGGUGACUCUCAUCCAGCACAAGAGAAUGUUAUAGAAUUCAAGCUGAAAGCUGAGGAAACACAAGAAUCCAAAAUGGAGGAAUCUGCAGUAGAGGAUCACAAGAAAGGCAAUGAAAAGACAGAAGUGACAUCAUCAGAGGCCCCUGUGGCCCAACCGCAGCGCUCUGAGAAACCUUACAGCUGCACAGAGUGUGGAAAGGAGUAUGCUAGCCGCAGUGGUUUGAAGGGGCAUAUGAAAAUCCACAGUGGCAGUAUGAAUCAGGUGGCUGGUACUGCAUCCUCACAGUCCUCUGGGGGAAAGGUUGCGGAGCGUGUGGAGGAGUCGUCCCACCGAAAACUGAGAGGAGAGGAUGCUAAAAACUUGACAGAGGAGAGCACAGAUAAACUGUCCUUAACUGAGCAUCCAGCAUCGACUACUGACAGAACCGAAGACACUGCUUAAAAGAAUGUGAUUAGUUAGCUUAGCACGAUUCUUGUUUACUGAUUUACUAUGACAACUUUUUUCCAAUUUUGUGGUUAGCGAUAGUUUUUAAUUCUUUAAUAGCAUAGAAGAGUAAAUCUGUCCAAUUGUAGUGCCUUUUCAUGACGACAGUUAAAUCAUAUUGAUGAAGACUUGGUAAGUCUUUCGACUUCAAAUAUCAGGAUGCACAGAAAUUGGAUCUUGAAAGUAGUAUUUGUGUAUAACAAAUGACAAACGUGCAUAAGUGCAAUUUCAUUAAUCAAUUCGGAACAUGAGGAUAUACAUAAAAAUUCAGACACUCAAAAGAUAAUUUUGAGCAAUCUCUAGGGGGGGAAAAGGGACUGACCAAAAACUGAUCAUCUGGUAUGCAGCUGAAUGUAAAUACAGUUUUGUUUAUGUACCCUCUUUUUAUCUUUGAUGCUGCUGUUCUUUGUAGGUGUUUCUCUAAAUAGCUGCACUAUAUCUGUGACUGCUGAAACUCUUAUUGACAAGGGAGGUUUAUGAUUUAAAUCAAGGGUAAUGCUGAGUGGGUCUGAAUUACUUUCUGCCCAAAUCUUUUUUUUUUGUUUUGUUUGAGAACCCCACUGAUCUAGCUUUUUAUGCUACAGAUAAGCAAAAUCAGCUCAAAACUGCUAUAGAUUUAUGCUUGCAUAUACUUUAUCUUGAAAGAUACGUCCCUGUUGAACACGAUCUAGCUUUUUUUGUAAUUUUCUUGGAAGCAUUUUGAUCCUAACCUGUCAAAGAGAGAAAUAAAGUCACAAUGAAUGUCUCA